CCAACUUUAACUUAAUAUCUAACAAAUGAUUUUUUUAUGCCCGCAAAAUAGCUGGCAAAUUAAAUAGGGAGGCUGUACCGUAUGGUCAUACUACGGGCUCUCGAUCCUUUGCUACCGUGAUGACUAUUGCGGCUGAUCAAGAAAAGCAAAGAAUUGCCAAUGAGGGAAAUGAUGAUGCUGGAAACGGUAAUGAGCCAAACAGUAAUGAGGGUAGUGUGGGAACAAAGAAGCUCGAUUUAUGUGAUUUGUUCAAGGCAUCACAUAGAUUGAGAGAUACAAAUGAAUGGAUCAAUUCAUCAUGCCAAGAGAAACAUGAGAUGAUGGUGGGAGUACGUGAUGAAGCAGCUCUAUCUGGCACUCCAUUAUCAGCCGAAGAACUUUCAAUAAAGUGCCUCGGGGAGUCGAAGACAAAGAACUACAUUAGAGGAUUAGGGAAUGGGCCAAAGCCAUCUACCUAUCUUUCCAAAUCCAACUCACAGUCAGCAGCACGCCAGGACCAGCUGCAAAAACUUCAACAUGAGUUGGAUUUAAUUCGUGAAGAGCAAAGAAGAGAGAGGGAAGAGGAGAAGACGCGGAGGAAAGAGGAGAAGACGCGGAGGGAAGAGGAGAAGACGCAAAGGGAGGAGGAACAAAGACAACACGAGGAGGAACAAAGACGACGUGAGGAAAAGUAUGAGGAAGAGAAAAGACGGUGGGAGGAGACACAAAGGCGACAAGAUGAGGAGCGGUCUAUACUUCUAAAAGAGAUGGAGGUAUUCAAAAGCUUUAUGACCCAAAUGCAGAAUGGUGGACGAGGCAACAUGGGAGCAGGGUGAUGGUGGCUCGAAUUUAUGGGACGGCGUUUUAAUGGAGUAUCGUGCAGGAUGUUGGUUAUUGAUUAUGAAGAUUGACGUUGGAUUUUGGUUGUGGACGUGCUUGGAUUUUUUUGGGUUAUCCGUUUGUUGAAGUUGAGUGUUCACGAGGUUUGGAUAUAUUUUGUUACUGAGCUUGGAUUUUUUUUUUCCCCUACGGUGGACGUGUUAUUUUGCACUUUAGGAAUUUGGAUACAAGUUGUUUUUUAACUAUUU